AUGGAUUUCUCUGCGUCGAUGAUCAACAGUACGAGCGGGUACGUCUGGGUUGCCCCGACGCCCAUGGUAAUGAUGCCUGCACCAGCCGUCGAGGAAGAGACACAAGUGGUAAAGCCGACCUGGAGAUUAUACGCCAAUAUCUUGGUUGCAGUACUGCAAGCGCUUCAAUUCGGAUGGUCCACUUCGCAAAUGAACAACUCGAUAUUUAAUAACGAGGCGGACUGCGACGCAAGACCCAUCGCACCGGGCACUUGCCUCAUGUUCCCUGGACACACCAAGACACAGUGGACUAUCGCCGUCAGUUCCUGGAUUGUCGGAGGUAUGAUUGGCUCUCUCCUAACCGGACGAGUAUCCAACAAGUUCGGACGAAAGCCUACUAUGAUGGCCAACUGCGUCUUCAUGAUUGCAGGAGGCGCAGUACAGGCCUCAGCCAGCACCAUCACAAUAUUCACAGUGGGACGCGUCCUCGCUGGUAUCGCGGCCGGAGGCUCGACCGCCGUUAUUCCCGGGUUUAUUGGAGAGAUCUGUCCGCCACACCUCCGUAGCAAGCUGGGCGUGUGUUUCCAGAUCUCCAUUACGCUCGGACACUUGUUCGUUGCGAUCACGUUUUUCUUCGCCAGUACGAGUACCGGUUGGAGGUACAUUGCAGGAUUCCCUAUCAUUCUUGCGUCGCUGUUUCUACUGCUGGCACCCAUCGUGCUGGUUGAAAGUCCCGCGUGGUUGCUGAUGGAUAACAAACCUAAGGAAGCUGAGAAAGAACUAGCGCGUCUAUUUGGAGAGGACAAUGUCUACACAGCCAAGAAAUGGAUCAACCAACAGCAAGACGACCCCGAGUCCAAACGUGAAGGAAGCGUUCGACUUCAAGACCUCGGCAUACUAUUCUCGUCCACGCUGCUACCACAGAUGCUGACGGCGAUCGGUGUGGCUGCCGCCCAGCAACUUACCGGUGUGAACGCCGUGUUCUUUUACUCGUCCGGUAUUUUCAAGCAAGCCGGCCUUUCAGACAGUCGUAUCGGUGUCUUGUUGGUCAACUUUGUCAAUGUUCUUCCGACCCUUUUCUGUGGCCUGCUAGCGGCUCGUGUGGGUAACCGAAUGCUCAUUUUGUACGGAUUCGUGGGAAUGUUGCUCAGUGCAGUGGGUAUCACUGUGACCCUGGUGACUAGUGUGUCUCCACUGGCUAUUGUGUUCGUUGCGCUCUAUGUGACGACGUUUGGUGCGAGUCUUGGACCGCUGGCGUGGGGAGUCAUGGCUGAUCUCUUUCCAGACGACGUACGCGCGGUGGGGUGCUCAAUUUGUGUGGGUUGCAGCUGGUUAUGCAGUCUUACGGUUGGUUUGGUGUAUCCAUACCUUGCUGCUGCCUUGGGCAACUUCUCGUUCGUGCCGUUCAUGUACACGAUCACACUGUCGUUCCUCUUCUUCUUCUCCAUCGUGCCUGACACAUACGGCAAGACCAUCCAGGAGAUUCAAGACGAAUUCAACGCGAAGUGGCAGAAAUCGAAGAAGAAACCGCAAUGGCGGAUGUCUGGUAACAGUCAGAUCCCAGUACUGGGAUAA